CAUAGCCGCCGACAACGCCGCUUCUGCUCUCCUAGCGCGCAGAGCCGUCGCCAAACUUUGAUAAGCUAAACCCUUCAAGCAAAGGAGGAAAUCAUAUUUUUCUUUUUCUUAAAGUGCGGCGUGUCUCGCUAAUUCUGGGUGAUAAAGGAUAAGAAUAAGAUUUGGACAUGGAAAACACACCAGUUGAAAUUUUUAAAGAAGACAAUAAGUGCCUGUCCGGGCUGCUGGAGGACUGCCCGAUAAAUUCCACGGUUUGGAUGUCCGGAGACAGCCGCAAUGUGACCCGCGAUGAUGAGAGCUGGGAGCAGGAGAGCAUGUCCCCAAUCAUCCCUAUCAUCACUGCGGUGUACUCCGUGGUCUUCGUGGUCGGCUUGCUGGGCAACUGCCUCGUCAUGUAUGUGAUCAUCAGAUACACAAAGAUGAAGACAGCCACCAACAUCUACAUCUUCAACCUGGCACUUGCAGACGCACUCGUCACCACCACCAUGCCCUUCCAGAGCACUGACUACCUUCUGAACACUUGGCCCUUUGGGGAGGUGGUGUGCAAGGUCUUCAUCUCCAUCGACUACUAUAACAUGUUCACCAGUAUCUUCACUCUCACCAUGAUGAGCGUGGACCGGUAUGUGGCGGUGUGCCACCCUGUUAAAGCCCUGGAUUUCCGCACACCCAUUAAAGCCAAGAUGAUCAACGUCUGCAUCUGGAUCUUGUCCUCGGCCGCGGGGAUACCUGCUUUUGUUCUGGGGGGGACCCAGACAAACAGCGACAUAACUGAAUGUGCCUUACAGUUCCCGGAGCCUUACACCUACUGGGACACGAUGAUGAAGGUCUGCGUGUUUGUGUUCGCUUUUGUUGUGCCUGUGCUCAUCAUUACCAUCUGCUACUCCCUCAUGGUCCUGAGACUGAAGAGCGUGCGGAUGCUGUCCGGUUCACGUGAGAAGGACCGCAAUCUGCGGCGUAUCACACGGCUGGUGGUGGUUGUGGUCGCCGUGUUCGUGGUCUGCUGGACACCCAUUCACAUCUUCAUCCUGGUCAAGGCCCUUGUGAGCGUGCCCGAGACCACCGCCAUCAUGGCCGCAUACUUCUUUUGCGUAGCUCUGGGUUACACCAACAGCAGCCUCAACCCCAUUCUGUACGCCUUCCUGGAUGAGAACUUCAAACGCUGCUUCAAGGAUUUCUGCCUGUCAGCCAAACUGAAGGGGGACAAGGCAUCUGGCAGCAGGAAGGUCCCCAGCAAUGUCCGGGCUGCCGCUGUUCCCCUGGAGAACCCAGAUGGGACUAAUAAACCCACCUGACUAGCGGUGGAACUGUCUUCAGUUUCCCAUAUUGGAAAAGAAGACUCACAUGACCUGGGCUUAACCCAUAUUACUUUAGCGAUGUAGACUUACUCUGUUGUGAAAACUGAUCCACCUCUUGUUUUCAUAAUCACCAUAAGGGGGAGCCAAACUGACAAGAUACAUCAACAUCUUAAGCUUAAAACCACAUGAAAGUCAUCUGUUUGGCAACCUGCUCCUCCUUGGUGUUUAGCGCUUGAAACUGAUGUUUGAAUUUGCAGGUGGAUGCAAAGAAAACAUAAAAUGUGGAUCAAAGUUAUCUAUGAGAAGUGUCAGGAGGCCACCAACAGGGGAGCCGGUUAUUAACUCGCUGGCCCUUCCUCUGGCCCUCCUACCCUGACAGCCUUAUAUGUCGAUGAUUUUUUACAAAUGCGCAUUUAUUAGUGGAGAAGACAAACUUUAAAUGAGAAUUAUGUAUUAAUUUAUUCUUAUGUCAUUUCUUUAUUAUGUGUCACUUUUGAAUCUCCCUUAGUCACUUGUGACCCUUCUCCAGCUGCUCUAUAACACAACAGCAUAAGGACAUCUACAUUUUAUUAUGACUUUUUAAUUAUCAUGUGUCAGCCUAAAAUCAGCUAAAGAAAACACAUUCAUAGGUGCAUUUCAAUAAAUUAUUAUUAUAAUUAAUUAUUUUAGCAAAUAUAUUUAAAACAUGAAACACAUAUAUUAUAUACAGUAUAUUCAUUAAAUACUAAACAAAAUUCUGAUGGUUGUGGCUCAAAGCUAACGACAGCCCAACAUUAUGUUUCUCUGAACGUAGAAUGUUACUUGAGACCACAAAUGGGUUUUUAAAACAGAAACGUUAUGUUAUGGCAAUUUAUUACUCGUAUAUUAAUUAAUUACAUACUAAGAUUUCAGGUGUUAUUUCUAUUCAUUUUGAUAUUUCUGUAUUGCAGCUAACAAAAACACAACAUUCUAUUUCUCACCAAACCAGAAUAUUAUAUAGGACCAAUAAAACAGGGGUUCUAAUACAGAAAUGUGAUGUCAUGACCAUUUCAUGGCCUAGCUAAUCAUGAGGACGAAAAGUACUCGAAAAGAAGGGUAAGCCAAAAAAUAAGGGUACUGCUAUUGAACUUGGCUGUUCACAGAGUGCUGGGGUAUUAAUGGAAAGUUGAGUGGAAGGAAAAAAAUGUGUUAAUAGAUAACAGCAGUCUUGCGAUUACAUGUUCAGGACAUGGACUCCAAGUUUCACUUUUCUUAUGUUAAGACACUCCUUUUUUUUCAUGUGUCCUGUCGUGGCAUUUCAGGCAUACUCUCUAAAUUGUCCUUAAGUCUGAGUGUGUGUGCAUCUGUUUUUGUCCUGUGUGUCUUUGUGUUACCCUGGACUGGUUACCUAUCCAGGGUGAUACCCCACCUCUCUUCAAAUGGCCACUGGAGAAAGCCACCAGAGACCUUGCAAGGAUAAGUAAGUAAGUACCGUAAGUAAGGAUGGAUGGAUGGAUCGAUCAUUGAGCAACAGUCCAGCCCCUUUUUUCUUGGUCCAGGUAAGAGAUGUUCUCUAUGGUUCAGUCGGGGUUUGACACUAAGAAUUCAGCAGUUCUUGCACAUGUCCUGGAUACAUUUGUGUGUGGAGGUUCUUGAAUGAACAGUCAGCUUGUUUAGCUUUUUGUGGUUUACCCUCCUUGUGUAGGAUGUCAAUGAUUGUCUACUGGACAGUGGUCAAGUCAGCUGCCUCCCCCAUGAUGUUAGAACCAAACACGACACUUUGGUGUUAAAAAACCCUUUUAUUGAUGUCAUCCAAAAUUUGAACUUUCUAAGAAACUUGAAUUGGGGUUUUAAUUGGCUGUAAGCCACAAUCAUCAAAAUGUACAGAAAUCAAGAGAUACAAUAUAUCAGUCAGUGUGUAAUAAAUUUAUAAAUGAUUUUCAAUUUUUUAUUAACAAAUUCGGGAAAAGAAGUUAUUAAUAUUAGUUGAGAUGUCCUGUGGGUCCAAUUGUUUGUUGCAACAAUAAAAAAGUGCAUUUUAAUAAUUGCUCCUUUGCUAAAAAACAAACAUUUUUUGCUGUGUAAAAAAUGUCUAAAUUAUGUAUGUCUAAAUAAGUCUAAAAAACAAAACCGAUGAUUUAUAUUUAUGGCUGCAUCUAGAUAUGUCCAAAAUUCAAUGCAUUUUCUUCAGUAAGUUUAAUAUUUGCCAGCAGUGCCUUUAACAGUCCAGGAUAACAAAUUGUCUGAGCGAUGUGACAAAUGGCUGGAGUCAAUUAGCAGCUCAUAUGUAAAAGAUUUCAUGUUUCUAUUAAUUAGUUUGGUAUGUCAGAGGUUGGGUGGAAAGAAAAACUGGCAGCGGACAUUUGCAAAAAGCUUUUUCAUCUCUGUGAAGUGUGUGAAAUGAGCUGAUUGGUCGCAGUGUGAGAAAACUGACUCACGGAUGGACUUUGAAGUUGUGUAAGAGUCUGUGGUGGGUUAAAAAUAGUCAACGUACAGCUACGUCACGUCACAGCAAGCUCGGCCAACGGGGGAAAAGUGAAAAAAUCCUGGAUACAUCCUGGACUCAAAUGUGCAUUUAAAAUUUGUCCGAGGGCUCUCCAUCGGUUUUGACCUCUUGAAUGGCGUCCAAACUGAUACAUUGUAAAACUGUACUCGAUGUGACGAAAUAACAUGUACUUUUUAUGGCUUUUACAGUGAUUACAAGUACUCCUCCCAUGCUGUAAAUGUUGUGCAAUCUGAUAUCUCAUAUGAAUGGCAUACUUUACAAGUUGUGGACCGAUAGUCUAUAAUAACACCUCCACUGUUAAAGUUAUGUGUUUGACAUUUUGUAAAGAUUACAAAUAUAACACCUUUGCACAAUCAUCAUAUAAAUAAACUGUACUUGUAGCAUGUUAAUCAUCGUCAAUGUGAUGUUAAAGAUGACAUCAGAAGCUAAAACAUGCUUAAUAAGUUGUGCUGUUUGUUUUGGUUGUGCUGCAAACAGACUGUAUAUUAUGUAUAAAUCUACCUGUUUCACUAAAGAACAGCUAAAAAUGUUUAUUUCCGAUUUACUGGCUGCUACAUGUGUUAUAUUGUAAAAAAACACAAAAAAUAACACAUCUAUGAUGUAAAAUAGGACAUUAUUCUGAGAAGCUACACUGUGAAUGACACAUUGUUUUUCUGUUUGCUUUGACCUCUGUGUGCUCUCUUUAAAUCUGCUGUAUGUUGGAUUUAUCUGCUAUCAUUUGUGCAAGACAUGUAUUGAUCCUUUCUGUGAAGCUGUCAAAAUUAAAGCAAGUUUAAGAAA